UACAACAUCAUGAGCAUGAGCUGGGAAUCCUUCCAUGCCGCCGCGUCCGCGCUGCUGAGGUUUCAAGCUGCCCUUGUGGAGUCAAAUCACAUGUAUGCCGCCGAAUGGAACUGGGCAUGGGAGUUGGCGCCACCGUCGAGUCCGUUACAUAAAGUGCUUCCUGGCUACGGGUACUUGAUCUCGCGCAACAACGUCCGUGAGUUCGUCGCUGCAGGAACCCAUGACGUCCCAUCCAGUGUUGAUGGUAGUCUUGAAGACGCAUUCGUCGAUGACGAAGAUGCGGAUUGCCUUGUCGACAUGGAUCCGUGCGUAGUGCCGUCUCCCUCCCAGCAUGCCUCCUCCGUCAACCACGACAUGUGCAUGUACGAGUUUCACGUGGUGUACAGUCCUACGUACAAGGUGCCGCUUCUCUUCCUCCGCGGCCAUUACGUCGAUGGCGCGCUGGUCCCGACGUCGGUCAUUCAAGCGCACAUGUCCACGUUCGUCACCAAGUUCAUCUCCCAAGAUGAACAUCCCGUCCUCGGCCUGCCGUUUUACUUUUUGCAUCCUUGCGAGACUGCCUCUUGCCUCUCACUCCUCGUUCCCUCUGCGACACUGUCCCCAUCGACAACAUCAUCAUCCACAGCACCUUGUCCGCUGCAACAUUUGCUGGCAUGGCUCACCCUAGUCCAGCCCUGUACCCACAUCCGCGUCCCAGUGCCGUUUGCAAUCUCGUACCUCCGCUCCUCCCCUCCAUGACACACCCAGCCAUUACGUUCGACAUGCCAGCCUCCAUCACACAUCAUCACGUUCGAGUGCUUCUCGUCCUAUCCUUCCUCAUACUAGUAAUAGUAUGCCCACUUCAACGCGAUACACUAAUUAAUACCAAUGACACCGUAGUAUUAACUAGUACUAAUAGUUAAUACUACAUAGUACCAAUGACACCUUGAUACACUAAUUAAUUCAAAAGACAACUUG